AUGACUGAACGAGCACCCGCCGCCGACGCACGCCUGCAGCAGGUUCUGGAACAUGUCAACACCACUUCUGAUAUCGGCGCUGUCGCAGCCGAGACAACUCCCUACAAUACGGUUACCAGUGCAACUACUCUACCAGGAAGCAGGCUUCCUAGUUCUGCUAUAUCAUCGAUUAAACACGGCGAGUCUGGGUCGUCGGAACAUGCGGCGGUCCCAUCGACAGCCAAGGUGACUACUCAAGGACACGUCUUGUACCGCAGCGCUGGUAUACAAACACUCCCACCAAGCAAUGCCGAUGGUUUCCGCAAGAUCUACGAUCGCGAGCCUACACACCAGGAGCUCGUCAGCAAGAUUGGAUCUGCCGCGCUUGGUCGCUACAAGCCGGGAUCAUCAGCGAACCCGCAGGAUGUCGUUCUGAGUGCGCCAUUCUCCACCCUGAACGUUUCUGAUAGACGUGCAAACUAUGUCACCUCAUCGUUCCAGACCAAGGAUGCAACACAAUGCAAGAAGGACCUUCUAAAAGCGAAGGUCAAGGCAUCACUGUUGGUUAACAAACAGCGCGACGCCGCUCUGUCGGCAGGAUACAAGGUCUGGUCGGAAACAAGAGACGACUACGUCGUACACUCAGAGCAACUGGACACCAGUGUUCAAUUUGAUCACGAAGGCAACGCGACCAACGCGAAUGUUGACGGCCUUUCCCUACCCAACAUCUACGGCGAAGAGAUCGAGUCGCGCCCUACCAUCACCCAUCCCACACAACUCUCAAAUCGCAGGACUCCAGAGACAGACCCCGGGCUUGACACAAAAGCAAGGGAGCACUCCUUCAGCGCAGCUUCAAGUCUCACGCCGCCCCCAACGCCGCCCUCACUCAAAUUGCACGAUGCCAUUGCCAAUGGGGGCACUCCCCAACGCAUUCGGACUGUCGAAACUUGCAUACCUAGUGAGAAGUCCGAUCCACCGUCCAUCGAAAAUUACGGCUACGUUCAGCUCGUUCCAAAACAAGCCAGAAAGCAAGAUGUGGACGGAGAUAGUGGUCAAGAACAAAAGCAACAGAAGAGAAGGAGCUCAGACGUAAGCAAGCAGGACUCUACGGAGGGCCAGAAAGAGAGGCCGGCCGUCAUUGAAAGCAAUGAAGGGACCGUAAUGGUGUUCGGGGGCGAGAGAUUCGCGGAUGAGUACAUUGUUUACGACGCCACGAUGUCGAAUGAUACGAACUCAGACACAUCAUCUCGAUCGCCUUCUAACAUAAGCAAGAAGAGGAAGUAUGUCGACCAAUGCGAGCCUGAAGUGACUGCCAGACCGCCAAAGCGCUUCAAGUCGUCAGCCACUCACGCCGAUUCCUCCCCUGCCAGAACGGAUACUAAGACAGAACGUUUCGGACAAGAAAAUAAUGACAGUGUCGCGCGCAAUGACGCGACGAUUACCAGGAUCGAAUGCGCGCAACGCGACGAAGCUUCUGGGGUGGCAAAACGGCACCGUGGCCGGUCUAUUUCUCCAAGUCGACCAGGCGAAGGCCAACAUCACUCCGAAGAUGAUCGCCACUCGCGCAAUUCACGAAAAGAUCGGGAGCCCAGACGGCGAAGCCGAUCCCCCACUGCUCGACACGACGAAAUUUGUUAUAGGUCGAGGAGCAACACCAGACGACAGUCAGAGAGCCCACUCAAAGAGGGGCGUCGACUCCACAUGACAGAGUCGCAGCCGCGCCAGACAGACCCAAGUCAUCAACUUGCGAAGUCUGCAGUGACAGAGCAGAAAAUAACGGAGAAACAAGCACAACCCUCAAGUGACUUGGACGAGACAGUCCUCGCACGCAAGAAGGAAGACGACAAGCGAAUGGAGCGAGCGAAGCAGAUCACCAACGAAAAGGUGGCAAAGCAUCGCCAACAAGAAGAAGCCGAGAUACAGCUUGCGAAGCAGAUCAAUGACGAGAAGCUUGCAAAGCGUCGUCAAGAAGAGGAAGCCGAGAUGCAGCGAGCGCGUGAAGCAAAGAACCAGCGAAAGCUCGAGACUGAAGAGAAGAAGCGAGCUCAAGAAGAAGAGUCUCGUCGCCGAGAAGAGGAGAAGGACAGGCAACGCCGCCGUCGCCGUCGCGGAGAUUCACAAGAGAGGAGUAGCAGCAAACGUGCGACAGUAGUGGAACCACCAGCGGAGCCAGCUGCGCCGGUCGACAGAUAUGCACUGGCACGAGAAGUUGAGGCACGACGCCGAGAAAAGAUGUUUGCAGCGCGUUCUACUGGUGAGGUGGACAGUCGAGCGCAUGAACGGUCAGCUGCCACAAACAAGCGUGGCAGUAGAUUAGAAGUAGAGCCAAAGAAGCCAGAAAAGAAGGUGGAAGAUGCCAAGGUAAGUAAGCCAAAAGCGAAGCCGAGACCGAGUCGGACUGCUCGCGGAGAGAUCGAGCGUUACGAUCCGAAGAAGAGGUUUGGACGUGGCGAAUAG